CGAAUACAAAGGAGCGCUAAGUUUGAGUCAUGCGCUUCGAAUAUCUAUGUAAGAAGGAAGAUAUCAUCAACUGUCUGAAAAACGGAAGAGACAUUAAAAAGCUGCGUCAUUUCUCAAUCAGUCGUUAUGGAUUAGUAGAUGACGACAUCCGAAAAGUCGUGUGGCCAAUGUUGGUUGAGGGUAGUUGUCAGCUUCCAGAAAUAGGUAAACUACAGUAUUUUUAAUCACUAGGUAUUGAGGAGUUGGAAAGUCAUCCUAGUUACCGCCAGGUUGAAUUAGACACUUUUCGAAUGACAAACUUAAUGCCCAAGGAUUUAAGUCCAGAAGAAAUUGAGACUAGGAAGAGAAUUGUCACUCAUCUUGUUAUAUCUGUAUUGAUCGAUAACCCAUCCUUGCAUUACUACCAGGGCUUCCAUGAUAUAUGUUACAUAUUUUUUUCUGUUCUCGGUGAAAAAGAAUCUCGCAUACUGCUUAAUAAACUUGUCCCGACUCAUUUCAGUUUAUUUAUGCAGAAAACUAUGGACGUUACCCUGGAGUAUAUGCAAUUGAUUUUCGCCUUGUUAGAAUGUGUAUCAACUCCCAUAUUAAAAAGUAUUGAAUCUGUUGAAUUGGGACCAGAUUUCGCCAUUGCCUGGAUCAUCACCUGGUUUGCACAUGUCUUACCAAAUAUGGAUGACGUUAGACGUUUGUUUGAUUUGUUUCUGGCUACAGACCCUAUCAUGUUGGUUUACGUUUCCGUCGCUAUAAUUGCCAUUAGUGCUAAAGAAGUUGAAGCGACUCCAUUAGAUUUCGCUCUACUCUACCAGACACUUGCACGCCUGCCUAAAAUCCAUCCAGUAGAAGAUCUUAUUCAUGAAGCUUUGAAGAUUUACAUUGAUCUGGGUCCAGCUGAGUUGAAUGAACGGGGUAACAAACGAAUUAUUAAGUAUCGUGAACAAAAAACUUUAAAUAAACUACCUACUCCUAUUCGUCAAAUUUCGAAAAAGUCGACAACUGAACUAGUGCUGUGUGGAUUAAUGGAACAUCGGAGAACUGUAUUUUCUGUCAGUUUCCUUGUGAUUGUUAUCAGUUAUGUAUUAUCGAGAACUUUAAAAGAAUAAGAGUGCUGUUAUUUGAUAAACUGCAAUAGUAAUGCUGAUUGUGAUAUUGUCAUCCCUUUCAAAUUGCUAUGUCCGUCCUGCUGUGAAUUGUUUUAGAUGGUUUGUCUUUUUUUUUCAAAAAGAGUCAUCUUUUAAUGGUAUCUAGUAAGAUAUUCUCAUCGGUGCUAUUUUGUAUAUUUGCAGUGUUGUGUAUAUGAUAGCUUCGUCUUCUUCUUCUUCUAUCUUAUCUGGAGUUAUAAUAAUAUACUAAUAUAGAUCUCGUUUUUUUUCAAUAAUAUAAUAAGAUUUUGUGAUAAUUGAUCUUAACAAAUAAAGUAAUUUUAUAAAAUGGAAUUAAGUUGUUCUGAAAGCAACUUGUGUUUUGAUUUACGUCUGUAUGAUAUCACAGUGAAUGAUUGACUUAUGAUAUAUUUGUCUCUCUGUCAUUUUUUAAUCUGAAUAUUGUAUUACUAAGUUUUUUCUCAUGAUAUCUUUCCCGGAAAGGGUGACUGUACUGAUAAGUGUCGUUAUACAGUUAGUUAAGAGGUAUUUACCAUUAUAUAGUGCACUGGUAUGUCGGACAAAUGAGAUGGUAUUUCCCUUCACACACACACUGAUUUUGAGACAUGUUAUCAUCUGUCUACAACCGUUGACGUUUAGCAUCCAGAUGAUCCCAGCCAGACUAUCUACUCUUCCGUACAUGACUAAAACGCGCAGUCGAUUGGUGUCAUGUUUUGCUUCGAACACCCCAAAGUCCCAUCCAACCUAUACCUGUUUCAUCUAACAUCACUUGAAGAAGAAGGGCGUGGUUUGCAUCUCCUAACAUGUGCCUUAGCCAUCCCAAUGGGUGCUGCUUCACAACUUCAUCGAUUGAAUUUCCCUACUCAUUAUUAGGGACUAGAUUAUACCAUCUAACAUGAGCGACUGAACACAGAAGCCUAUAGUCAACGGUGUUUUGCCCUUUCAUAUCUUCUCUCAAUGGCCACGUCCUACAGCCAUAAAGUAGAAUGAAGGUGGUGCCGCUUAGUAUAUAUCUUUGUUGUCUGGUAGCCUGAUAUCACGCCUGCGUCAAAAAUGGCGCAAGUUAGCCAGUGACACAAGCGCCUUUUGUAUCCAUGCAGGAGUUCCAUCAGCAAUCAGCUCAUCCUACCUAAUACAACAUUCCAAAUAAUGAAAGUGAUUCUUAUAUUCAACCGUUUCACCCUUUGCCCGUAAAUUUGGAGUCUAUGUAGACCAGUCCUGCAGC